CGUGACGCGCUUCCUUCCGGCGUCUCGAGCCGCAUCACGUCACGGUGCAACAGCCAGACCCACCGAGGAGAGGGAAGGCUGUGUCUCGGCGUCGUCUGGUUCCCGUAUUCCAACUCAGGCUUUUACAUUUGACCAAACAUGUCUUUGUAUCCAUCCCUAGAAGACCUUAAAGUAGACAAGGUGAUCCAGGCUCAAUCUUCCUAUGUGGCGAAUUCUGGAAAUCUCGCAAUCUUAUCUGAAACUGCAACUUCUGAACAGUCAGAUGGAGAGCUUUAUCCCCGUCUGUAUCCUGAAUUGUCGCAGUAUAUGGGGCUUGAUCUGAAUAAUGAAGAGAUACAAAAGAAUAUGAGCCUGGUUGUAGCUUCUGAUCAAACUGUUGCCAGACCAUCCAGUCUCAAUAACAUGGUGGCACCAGUGACUGGAAAUGACGUGGGCCUCCAGAGAGCAGAAGUAAAGAAAGGUAUUCGGGAAAUAAUACUCUGCAAAGAUCAAGAUGGCAAGAUUGGCAUUCGCCUUAAAUCAAUUGACAAUGGUAUCUUUGUUCAACUUGUACAGGCCAAUUCUCCAGCUUCUUUGGCUGGCUUACGGUUUGGUGACCAGGUUCUGCAGAUAAAUGGUGAUAAUUGUGCAGGUUGGAGCAGUGACAAGAGUCAUAAAGUGCUGAAACAAGCUUCUGAUCAAAAGAUUAGUCUCAUUGUCCGUGACAGGCCUUUCGAACGGACCAUUACUAUGCACAAAGACAGCACAGGACAUGUUGGCUUCAUUUUCAAGAAUGGAAAAAUUACCUCAAUUGUAAAAGACAGCUCAGCAGCCAGAAAUGGACUCCUAACUGACCAUAACAUUUGUGAGGUUAAUGGGCAGAACAUCAUUGGCUUGAAGGAUCCGCAAAUCGCUGAUAUUCUAGCAACAGCAGGGAAUGUAAUUACCAUUACCAUCAUGCCGUCAUAUAUUCAUGAACAUAUGAUGAAGAGGAUGGCCUCAAGCAUCGUUAAGUCCCUAAUGGAUCAUGGUAUUCCUGAGGUGUGAAGUGAUGGUUUCGUGUUGAUUUAUGACGACUUAAUGUUUCGGCUUCUAGGUGACCCAACUCUAGUUAAAACAGUAACCCAGCUUACAAUAAGAUUUAACUUGUGCUGCCUAACUGUAUAGUUAAAGUAAUAUACAAAUUAUGGGCUGUUAUUUACUCUGCUACCUGUUUGCAAAGAAUUGACAGACUGCCUCUGAUCAUACCUUUUUAUACACUUCAUGGUUCCAUAUCCUUUUGAUUUAUAUAUGGUGUGGAAUUAUAAUUUGACAGUAUUUGACCAGAGAAAUUGUGAUUCCUCAAAUGAAGAGUUAUGUUUGUAGCAUUAUUAGUGUAUAUGUGUUAGUCUAUUACUAUCAUUGUCCUUUAUUCACUGUAAAAAUGCAGUUAAUUUGAUGAAUAAAUAAAAUAUCGAACACA